CAGAAGACGAUACGAUAAAAGCUAAUCAGACGGAUUUUAUUAUAGGAUUUGAUAAAAGUAUAGAUGAAAUCAUGGUUAGAGAUAGAGUGAGCAUGAAAAAAGCUAAAGGUUGAAUUUACGAUUUUAUUAUUGCACAAAAUUCUGGUGCUAAGCAUGAAACUCUUUAUAGGAAAAUCGAAAGAUCUAGGAAUAUUUACAGGCUAUUCGAAAAAAUAGGACUAGAUAAUGUCAGAUAUAUUAAAUCAAAUAGUGCAAACUCUAUUUCGAAAUUCUCUAACGGAAAUUCGAACUAUUAUCCGGAGAAAGAUUCCAGUGAAAUCAAAUCAAGAUGAUCAGACUAAUGCAUCGGAAGCGCAAGCGAACACCUCGAUUUCAGCUAAGGAAAGUGUCUCAACUGAAUCCCGCUUGCCGGAGUUAAAUCCAAAAGAACCAUUUAUUAUUAAAAUAAAUCGGAUAUAGAUACUCUUGUCCUUCAUUUGCAACAAGAAUUCAUUAGAAUUGGUUAAUUAUCAGAGAUACUGAGCUAAAUUUGAUAGUCAAUAUGAGUGAAGCUGAUAAAGUUGGGAGGCUAAAAUGAGAAUCCCUAGAGAUGAUACGAAAAAUAAGUUAAAAGGAUACGUCCUCAAAUAUGAUAUGAAGUAGUUAGAUCCGUGGUUAUGUAUUAUAGGAUGUACCAUGUUAUUUUUGGUAUCAAUAAAGAUUUAAGUACUUAUUGUGCGAAUUAUUU